AUGGCAAGUUGGACAAUAGAACAAGUUGGGGAUUGGUUGAUAGAGAAUAGUUUUGAAAAUAAUGUAAAACCGUUUAAAGACCAAAACAUCGAUGGCUCGGCUUUAAUGAGAAUGGACAAUGAUAAUAUUUCACAAAUAUUAGGCACAUCCGAUGAAAAUGGAAUUGUUAAGAGGCCGACAAGCGAAGUAAAAUUUAAAUUUAGAGAAAAAUUAGAUGACUGGAAAAUAAUGGCUGAACUGGAACAAAAUCAGCUAAUAGUUGGUGAACAACUAGACAAAUAUUCGCGAAGAACAUCUGUUUCGUCACCAUCGAUUGAGACUAAACGCUAUUGGACUGAUGAUGACGAUUUUUCAAAUACAGAUUUAAUAGAAGCCAUUGAAGAAAGGCCAAAGUCCAAACAUUCUAAAUCCUCUACUACAAAUAUCAACAAUAGUACACCAGAUCUACCUAAGGACAAAUCCCCCUCACCACUACCGUUAAGGAAACCCUCAACACCAGUCCGUCUCGGUGAAAAUCAGCAAACAAAUGAUCAAAUAAGUACUGAUUCCAAUGCUCAUGUCGAUAAAACCAAAUAUUUGGUGAAUGACGAUAUUCAUAUUCAAUUUUUCAAAAAGCCAAAAUUUGUUCCUUAUCUAAUCGCAUGUGUACAGCAAGAAGCACCUGGUAUAGAAAUUAAAAUUCAACAAUCGACAUCCAGCUGCACAUUAGAUUUAUCAGGAUCAAACCAAGAUGUUGAAAGUGCUUACGAUCAUAUUAAAAAAUUAUUUACAAAUGUCAAAGUAAAAACUUAUAAAUCAACUCGAGCUAGAACGUGGUUACAAAAUCCAGCAGCAAUUGGCAUCAUACAAGCUAUCAUGGAUAAUGAAAAUAACAUAUUUACAAUAUGUCAAUCGAAAGAAAAUCAUUAUGGGAUUUUAGAAAUUUUCUAUUUCCAUGAUGAAAAUUCUAAUAUUGUUCACAGUAUUGAUAAUAUCAUUUUAAAACAUAUUUUUAAAAAAGUGAUCACACUCGCAUCAACAGUCGACAAAGAUAUUGUUCAGAAGUCUCGCAAAGAUUCUGAACAAAAUAGUUCACCGACGAAUAGUAUCACUCCUGCACAACAGUAUGAAAAUAAAUUAAAAGAAAUAAUUGAACAAUACAAUCAGGAACAUCAAACGAUUUCUAUUACUCUAAAUGAAAAUAUUAUUAGUAAAUCAAGAAAACAAAAAAGUAUUCAUAUAUUUGGAUAUGACAAAUUAGUUCGUGAAUUCAUAGAAAAUAUUCGAAAUUUAAUGGAAAAAGAUACUUCACAGACAUUCAAACUCAAUACAAUAACUCCCAUUCAAGCACAAUAUCUUUCAGGCGUUGGUUCAAAAGAAUUGAAAGCAAUCGAAGACGAGUAUCGAAAGAAAAACGAUAACAUCCGAAUAUACCACGAUACAUUUUAUGCGCCACAACAUUUAAAAAAUGAUAUUGAGCUUCGUAUCAACGCGUUAUUAUCUUCAUUAAAAUCCGUCACAUUUGAUUGUAUGCCAUUGUACUAUGAUAUAGCUAAUGCAGAAAUGAUAUAUUUAACGAAUAUUGCACGGCGAAAUCAUUGUGGGUGUGACUUACAAUUAAAAAAGACUGUAAAAUCAUAUCAAAUAUCAAAGGCCACAGAAACAUCCUUAACAAAUUAUGCUGUUUCAAGAUCGCUUAUGAAAGAAUCUGAAGUAUUCUCUUCUUCACCAUUCGUCGCGCUACAAUCAAAAUCAUCCAAUGGAUCUAUUAAAGUUCUCAUUGGUGAUAUAGCAGUACAGAAGGUCGAUAUAAUUAUUAUACCAUCCAUGCCAUAUGGAUUAAAACAAAGUAUUGUUGAACGAGCUGGUCCUAUUCAAAAAGUAGAACCUGAAGUAAAUGAGGGAGAUACCAGCCCAAUUCCUUACUUCGUCGAAACAACAGGUGGUAAUCUUUUAUGCAAAAUAAUCUUAUUUGCGAACUGGCCAUCAGCACAGGCAACUCCAAGCGAAGAUGUUUUCCUGCAGGGCGUAAAAUCAUUUGUUUCGAAAUCCAUUGAGUAUGUCAUGAUGAAAAAUGAAAAAUCAAUUUUAAACCUUCAAUCAAUCGCAUUUGCAGUUCCUGGUUUCAAUAAAAAGGAAAGUAUUUUAGCUAAAGACAUGAUUUAUACUGCUAAACAACAAAUUGAAUUAGCAAAGUCACCAUUGAAAAUUUCAUUUGUUCUUUUGCCUGAUCAACAAACGUUACAUGAGAUUCUUUUAUCAGCUAUUCAAACGAUGGAAUCAAACGAUGAUGGUUAUGCUACAUUUUCUUGUCCAUUAUCAAUUAUUACCGUUAAUUUGAUGUCAUCCAUGCAUAAGAAUUUAGAAAAAUGCAAAGAAAAAAUGAUAAAUUAUAUAAAAGGAUCUAUUAUUAAAAUAAAAUUAGAUGCGUUUAAUGAUUGGAAUCAAUAUUUAAUCAAUGCUUUUUAUAAGUUUUGCUAUGAUAGACGCGUUUUACCAAAAAUCGGUGACGAUCAAAAGCUUCGAUUAAUUGGCCCCAUCAAUAAUGUUCAUGAAGCUAAAGAAAAGUAUCGAUUGAAUAAUGCAUUAAUACAAGAAAAGCAACAAAUUGCACAAUUAUAUACGGACAAGCGACGAUCAAAAACGAUCAUUGAGAACCCAUCAAAUAUUUCAUCUUCCAUAUGUUACAAUGUGAUGAUAAGUUAUUGUCAGCAAGAUUCGCUUAUAUCGCAUCGUUUAGCGGAUCAUCUUAUAGAUGAAGGUUUUUGCAUAUGGAUCGGUCUACUUGGAUCUGAUGAAGCAUUUUCCCAAGUUAAUAAAUCCGAAUGUGUCUUACUUUGUAUAAGUCAGGAUUAUUUUGAUAAUACAUUCAGUCAAAAUACCAUAGAAUAUGUCAAGCAAACUGGUAAACAGAUUAUUUAUGUGAAAACUCAAUACUGUAUGUUAAAUGAUUGUUUACAAAGUUCCAUUUUAAAUGAUACGUAUUUUCAAUUAUUUGGGUCGAAAAAUUAUUUUGAUUUACAAUAUGAUAAGUUAUUGUUAAAAAUUUUACAAUACACGAAACCGGGUUAUGUAUCGCGACUUCAAAAAUCAUUCAAUGACUCAAUCGUAACACAACAAAAUGAUAAUGCUAAAUAUCAUCGAAAUUAUAGUCUAUUAAGCGUUCUGCUAACAUCAGAACAACGACAAGUCAAUUAUCAAACCUAUGUAAUGAAACUAAUGAGCAUAAAAAAAGAUCAAAUUCAUGACAAUGAUAGAAAAAUUCUCAUAGAUGAAAUUGAAGAAAUUAUUCGUGCGAGAGAAAAUCAUUGUAAAAAAUAUUUGAAAGCAGGAAGACAAAAACAUAAUAAUAAUAAUGAUGAUGAACACGAAGAAACUGAAGCGUUUCUGGACGACGAAUCCGAACAGCAAAUAGGGAUACCAACGAUUUUAUUCGACUCAGGAAUCUAUGCGUACCAGAAUAUGUUGAGAAAAAUACGAAACGCAGAGACAAAACAAAAUAUUGCACCAUUCACUCUAUCUGGUGAUAUCAAUGAUGCAACAUUUCCAAUACUCGAUGAAAUUUUGCAAAAUCCAAAACUGUUAGUUGGUUCAAGGCAACGAGGGCUUGUAUACAUAAAAUCCCGCUCGGAUGCUGAAGAAAAGGAGUCUCGGGAUAGGUAUCACACGUCUGAGUCAAAAAAAUAUCAAUCUUUUCCAAAAUUGCAACGUAUAAAAAAGCUCACAAAUAGUGAGAAAAUAUCUGACGAAACCAACAAUGUUGAUUUUCCUGGAAUGCGAUCGAAAACAAGAAUUAAUCAUGUGCCUGUUAAAAUAGAUUUCCGAAAGAAAGGCACUUAUUCAAAAAGUGAAAUAAUAAAAUUUCGUCAAGUAUUUGUCCAACGAAUGAAAGAUAAUGAGCAAGAGCUUAUGAAGACUUGUGAAAAUGACAUUAAUCAGUCGGGCAAGUUAUCACAACAAUGCAGAUAUGGUCAUAUGGCCGCUAUAUUUUCUUUAUCCAACGUUCCUAUUGCGAAUGAAGAAAUCGAAAAAGUACCACGAGAGCAUAUGAAUUAUGAAAUUCCAUUAAAAUUUCCUUGGAAUGGAGUUUACGAAAGUAGAGCCACUCUAAUUACGCGAAAGUGUCCCUCAACAUUGUUUUCUUUUGAAAUUCCACAACCGUAA